CGGCCUGGAGGACUUCCGGGGCUUUGUGCUGGUGGGGGUGGGGCGCGCCCGGUGCGGAGGGAAACCGGGCGUUUCGCGGGCGACGGGGCCCCUCUCCCUGCCCAGCCGCCUGAGGAGAUGGUGCCGGGUGAGGCAUCGCCGCCCGGCCCGGGAUCGCCGCGGGGCCGCGCCGCAGUCGAGGCGAUCGCUGCCAGGAAGCAGCGCGCCUUCGCCCGGAGGAAGGCCUUCUCCCUCUUCGUCAAAGCAAAGGAAGUGCCGGCCCCAACCCCGUGUCCCGCCGGCGGAGAGGGCGUGCGGUGGCGGUGCUGCCGCCAGGCCUUUGAAGAGCUCUCCGGCAUUCACAGGCAUGUGGCUCUGCAACACGCUGGAGACAUCGGGCAGCAGGCAGGGCUGACUGCAAAGCAGGCAGCUGCUGAAUUGAGCCCCUCGAGCAACCCAGCUGCUGCGGGCAACGCAGACAGGCUAAAUGGGCACUCUCAUAGCAGUCCCGAGAUCUCCUGUACACUCCCAGACACAAGCCACGUUAGCUAUGAUGAUCUGACAAGCAAGGUAGGAGAAGUACUUCUGUAUUACUGUUACUGUGAGGUGAAGGAUCCAGAGAAGCUCUGUGCUUGGCAAAAGGCUUUGUGCCAGCAUCUGCAUCUCACUGGCAAGGUACGAGUUGCUUCAGAAGGAAUUAAUGGGACAGUUGGUGGAAGCAAAGUAGCUACCAAUCUCUACAUUGAAGUUAUGCUUUCCCAGCCUCUGUUCAAAGACAUUUUGUGUCAAGAGGAUUUCAAGAGCAGUGCAGGAGGAGCUCACUGUUUCCCAGAUCUUCGCGUUGGAGUAUUCAAAGAAAUUGUACCUAUGGGCAUUGAUCCAAAGAUAGUGUCUUAUAAAGAAACUGGAAUCCAUUUAUCCCCUAAGGAAUUUCAUAGAGAAGUAGAACAGUAUUUGUCUCAGGCCAGUCAAGGACAAAGUGAUACCAUCUUGCUGGACUGUAGGAAUUUCUAUGAAAGUAAAAUAGGACAUUUCCAAGGUUGUCUGGCUCCAGAUAUCAGGAAGUUCAGCUAUUUUCCCAGCUACAUAGAUGAAAACCUGGAGAUUUUUAAAGAUAAGCGUGUCCUGAUGUACUGCACAGGAGGGAUUCGUUGUGAAAGAGGUUCUGCUUACCUACAGAGCAAGGCAGUAUGCAGAGAGGUUUACCAGCUAAAAGGUGGAAUUCACAAGUACCUGGAAGAGUUUCCAGAUGGAUUCUACAGAGGGAAGCUGUUUGUAUUUGAUGAUCGUUACGCCAUUUGUUCCAAUGAAGAUAUCAUCUCAGCAUGCAGAUACUGUGGGACACUGUGGGACCAGUAUAAACUUUGUUCCAGCCCGCACUGCCGGCAGCUUGUCCUGACAUGUCCAAGUUGUCGAAACAAAGGUCUUACAGCUUGCUGUCCUGUUUGUCAAGAGAAAGAGCUCAAGGUGACUUCAAUGGCUUCAGGACAAACACUUAAGGAGGAAUGUGAAUGUACAAAGAGACGGCCAAGGGUACCUAUUGAAUGUGUUUCAAAAAGGACACUAGACAUAGGAAAAGAUUAAGCUGUUUCAUUAGCUAAUCUGAUGUGCUAAUGCAAAGGGCUUCUAUAACCAGAUCCCUAUCUGUUAUUCAGUUAGGUUUGGAAAUCAUGGAAAUUUUGAAAGUAUUGUUCAUAUGCUGCCUUUAAGCCUGGAGUAUGCCCUGAAAAUCAUUCGUUACUUGACUGUAAAUUACAAGAGUGCCCAGCCCAUCACCAGCACUACGGGAUUCCUCUCCCUGGGUACAGUCUUGUAGCAUGGCCUCUACCGUGGGGAUUUUGGAGCAGAGUAUGUGCAGUGGGACACAGCUGCUCACAAUUCAAAAGAAACUGGAGGGACAUAAUAAUUCCAUUAUUUUCUUUUUGUGUCGAGAUGGAUAGGUCUGACUUCUCUGUUGAUCAUGCAUUUGGUUCAAUAACUAGUGCUAGAGUAUGAAAACAGCAGAUGUAUCACUUGGGUGUGGGUAUGUGACCAGAAUAGAGCUGAAGGUAUUUUCCACAUACAUGCCAUCUGCCUGCAUCUCUUGCUUUAUACCAGUGAGAAGCAAGGGGUAGUUACCUAAAGUCACUGACUUGACUGUUGUGUAAAACUGGUAGAAGGCAGCGUAAGGACCCCUCUUGCAACUGGAACAAAGGCCCACAGAUACCAUCUGCCUAGCUGUACUUGUGCAUGACUUGUAGGAUGAACAGCAAAAGUAAUCCUCAUUCCAGUGCUCUGUCUCCCCAGGAACAGUUGUUUCCCUGAACUUGUCAGUACAUGCAAUAUCCAGGGCUCUGCUUGCACUAGAAAAAAAUGACAGCUUGAUUGGACCUGAUGAUCUUAAAGGUCUUUUCCAACCUAAAUGAUUCUUUGAUUCUGAGACAUACAGAGAGGGGAGUACAGAGACUGUCAAAAUACCAGCAUUAAUGGCACUGGAAGUGAUGCUGACAUAUGUGCAUAAAUGUCAGCAACAGCUACAAGAAGAUUGCAAGAUCCUUUAUCCAAGUUAAAUAAUUCUAAGAUUUGGGGAACCUUUGUGCUUUGUAAACGUGGUUUGAGUUUUUCAAAAGCUGUGAGAUGUUUGUGCAAUUUCCAGCUCUUAAUAGUGGAGAAAUUGUCUUUGAAUUUGAAGGGAUCCACAGCAUAUGAGCUCAAAAUACUUUGCCUGCUGCUUUGUGUGCCUGACGCUGUAGAAUGUACAGAAAGGUUUUAUUAAUAGUAGGAAAUAUGUCUUGACUGAAAAAUGUCUUUGAAACUUACUGGCAUUCUUGGUACUAAAUAGUAGUUAGUCAUUAGGAAAUCAAAAUCACUUACAGUUUUUAGGGAGUUUUCUACUGGCAACUGCUUUUAAAAGCAAGAAGGCAUUUUACUCAGGUCUCUGCAGUUGUUUAACGACAGUUAGGGCAAUGUUACUUUCAUACUGAUUGUAACUUUAUCGCACAGCACUAUGAAUUCAGCAAGGCCUCACUGUUGGCUUGACAAGCAACUUAAAGAUAUCGGAAAUGGUUCCAUUAAAGCCAUGGCAAGCAUUUCUUCUUUCCUCAGUACUGCUACCAAGAAGUCAACGGUUUGGCAACUGUCUUUAUGACCGUUCCCUUCAUGAAGCAAAAUUUUGAAAGGUAGGGACAUGUCCUUUGGGAAUCUUUCUAGGAUGGUAUUUGGAAAUCUGGAACAAUCCAUACUGGAGAAAAAAAUCAGAAAAUGCCUGUCAGUAAACAUCUUCAGCAGAAGUCUUAAGCAGUACCUAUGGUACCCUGGUAUCUUACCUCUCAGGCUUUGCUGGCCAGUUAACUUCUGUGCUUUUGAGGACUGGAAUAUUCGUGGAAAAACAUGCAAGCUCUAUUUGCAGGUCUGGUCUAGAGCACUGAUGGAAGUGCCCCAACUUGCAUAUGAUACUCUAUUUUCUUCAUAUAUUAGGCUAAAAAGAACACUAUCGGCAAGUCUGGAACACUGUAAUCUAUUUGGAAGGCUGUUUCUAUAUCACUUACCAGUGCAGUUUACACUGUAUUUUGUGUGUAAACUUCUGAAACUCCUCUAUGAUGAUAAAUAACUCUCAGUGCUUCCAUUGUAAUUUUUAAAGUAGUGCACAAAUACACUUCACCUGUUAUGUUGAAGGUGCUUAAUUCUGCAGAGGUAAAUGCUGAAACCUGCCUAGCUGUCUGCCACGUGGUUGACCUGGCUACAAGGUACAAUUCUCCAAAGAGCUCCUGGCAGCUGGAGAUUCUACCUCAAAGGCAGAGGGGAGCCACAGGGCCUCUUCUGGUCCUUGCUGCACUAAGGCAAGGGAGGAGACAGGUUGGAGAUACACAGAUGGAGGCCCAUAAAGUAAGGUUCCCUCUGCUGCAGAGAGGGGGAAAAGUGGGUAAGAGACAUCCUUAGCAUCCCUCUUGCAAGUUAGCCCAUGAGCAGCUUCUGUAUCCCAGCUUCUGGAUUAGUUUUGUCAGAUGAUUAAUACAAAUAAAGACUUGCCAUAUGAAAUGCUGUGUGGUGGGACCCAGGCACCUCAGUGAUAAUGCCUGAGAGAAGGCACAUUGGCUACAGGGGAGGUGAGAGUUAAGCAGGAUUGGCUGUGACUGCCAGAUGCUGCAGUCAGCAGAUGGCUUUUUCCCCUUUUCCUGGAGAGCUGCUAGGACAGCUAUCCAUUUGCUCCUAAAUACUACCAUUUGUAGUUCAGUCACUGCACAGCUUGAUGCCUUUCACUACAAAGCCUGAUGCCUUGCAGCACAGCCUGUCAGUGCUGCACAGCUCUCACAUGCAUCUUUCUGCAAAGCAGCUCUAUAAGGAUCAGCCGAGGAACCUGGCAUGAUUCUGCCAGUUCGGUACGUUUGGGCUGCAUGGUUAAUCUGGAUACUGCUACAGUGAAACAGAGGACAAAGUUAUUGCUUUUUUUUUUUUUUUUUUUUUAAGGGCUGUUUUUUUUUCAUUCAGAAAAACAAUUCUCUUGUAGUGUCUAUGGUAGUGCUCCCUGCUCUGCAGCUGCCUCUUCUUCUAUGUCUGGCUUUUUUAGGAUUUCCCAGGAUAAGCUGCAUUUAUGUUCUUCUGAAUCCAGCAGAAGAGUUGAGCUUCUACCAUGCAAAUCUGAGUAGACGGCUCAACUGAAACUGUGUCUCUGGUUUGAUGAUUUAGUUGACCAUUUUGAAGUCUUUGUGGUGCAUGUGGAAGAAAGAAGCUGCUAGUUUCUGACUUUUUUUUUUAAAUAAGUUUUCAAGAAUUUUUCUUCUGUAUUAAUUUUCUGAUAUAGAACUUGCAGGGUUGGGGGAAGAAGCUAUAGUGAAGCAUUUUAUUUGCCACCACUGGUGCAUUUAUUAAGAUUUGAAGAGCAAAAAUAUGUUUCCCACAUUGCUGGAAGUAUAGUGUUCUCUGCUUCAUUGGUCAGAGCUAAAUCAUGGGUGGUAUUUGCACACAAACUCUGAAGAAAUCUGUGGGACUUUUGCUGGAAUAUGUGUAAAAGGCUGCAAAACUUCACUCGAGAUGUAUACAGACAGAUUUCUAGCAAGUGAGAACAUUAUCUAGGACAUACCAUCAUCAGACCAAGAAUAAGGCUUCCAUAUGGCUUCUGCCAGGACACUCUUCCUACCAAGCAGGAUCCCACCCGUGUUCAUUAGCGGGAGUUUUGGAUAGGAUAGUGCUGGGUCCCAUCCAUGGCAUGUCUGGGAGCUAUGCAAGCCUGUAUGGAAUUCCUCCCAGGCUAGGUGAUGGGUAGUAGACUAUCUGACAAAGAACUGUCAGACUAUAUGCAAGAGUAGUUCACUUCACAGCUUUUCUAGCGCACAACAUUUAUUGUUGCAUUUAUGCAGACACUAGGGAGGGUAGUAAAAUAAACAAUCCCUAGCAGCACAAAAUUUAAUUAACGGACAUAGCCAUCUAAACAAAACAGUGAAGAGAGAGAAUUUGACUUGUUGCCAGUGAGUGUCUGGACGUGUGCUUUUAACAUUAGAAACGGAAGGGAAUGGGGAUUAGAAGAGAGGGCUCUAGUUUGCUGAUCAGUUCAGCCAUCUCUAUGGGGUUAGGAUUUGCAUCAUAUCUCUAAAGGUGACUGUGUCCUUCAGACAUGCAUAGGAUAGAAGGAUAUUGGCACAUCCUAAACUGUUCAAUUUUUGAGACUUUUAUAAUCAGUGGCCUUAAGUUCCA